UCUAUUUUCUAUUAAAAAAGUGUCUGGUAACUUCAAUAAAAUUUUUUCUUUUAUUUUUUUUUUUUUAGAGCCGUCGAAGGUAAUAUUUGUCAUGCAAUUACUACAGAAAACACAUUAACACAAACAGAACUGCUUAAGGAACUGACAAAUGAUUGUCGUUACGAUAAGAUGGUUAGACCACCCGGUGAAAUCAAUGCAAGUGACCCAAUUCAUGUUGCCUGCAGGGCCAAUAUAUAUACAAUAAAGUCAAAUAUGGCCAAGACACUACAAUUCGACGUCCACAUGAUGCUUCAAUUUCGUUAUCGCGAUUCAAGACUCCGGUACGCCGAGGUAGCCCCGAAAUAUACUCAAAUUUUCGGUGGCCAGUCGGAACAUAAUUUAAUAUGGACACCGACAGUGUUUGUCUCCAACGAAAGGACUUCCGUCAUAAUGGGGAACGGUGUUAAAGAUUUGCUGAUAUCUAUCGAUCCUACCGGCAUGGUCAUCCUUAAUACCAGCGCCCAAGAUAUGAAAUUAGACUGGGAUGAAUCGCCAAUAGUACUGUCUAAAGAAUUGCAUUUAACAGAGUAUCGACUGGUUGAGAAAUGGGUUAACGAGACUGAGGUCUCUUACACUGCGGCACAGCAACAUUAUGGUCACUUUGCUGGUAACUUUAGUUCCAUCAGCAUUACAUUUAAACUUGCACGUGAAAUGGGAUUUUUUGUAAUGGACUAUUACAUACCAUCGGUAUUGAUUGUUGUUAUUUCCUGGGUAUCAUUCUGGCUUCAUGUAGACGCCAGUCCACCGAGAAUUGUUCUAGGAACUAAUACAAUAUUGGCAUUCAUGACUUUGGCGUCAAAAAUAGAAAAUUCAUUGCCGAAAGUUUCUUACAUCAAGGCCAGUGAAAUUUGGUUCCUUGGAUGUACUAUUUUUCUUUUUGCUGCAAUGGUUGAAUUUGCAUUCGUCAAUACUAUUUAUCGUAGAAAAAAAAAUGUACCUCUGAAAAAAGUAAACAGCAAGUAUAUUUUGAAAUCAACUUUAACGCCCCGCCUGGCAAGAAAACAAUUUCAAAAGAACACUACAAAUCUUGAGCGGUCACGAUCAUGGUCUUCUCUCGAUCACAGCCGGCUAAACGGCAGUGAUUUCUCGAGUCAGAAUUAUUUAACAGUACAUCGUGAUUUUUCAAGCGGUAGCGUUAUGACAAUCGAAAGUACACCGUCGCCUCCACCUAAAUCAUUCACCCGGCGACCGACUCUCGCUAAAUUGCACAAUUUUACAACAAUGACACCCCAACAAAUAGCUCAAUGGAUCGAUCGGCGAAGUAGAAUCGUCUUCCCUGCAGCUUUUCUCAUCUUCAAUAUCCUCUACUGGUCCUUCAUCUGGAUCUAA